AUGAUUAUCUUAAAGAGCCUGCUCAUUGCAUCGAUUCUAUAUCCAAUUGCAAAAGCUGAUACAGCAUCAGCGAGGGCAGCGUCAUUGAAUAUUACUCAGACAUGGAAUGCACCUAUUCCAUUAUCCAACGCUGCUACAUCAUCGGCCGCUAAUUACAUUGCUGAAAAAUGGUUCACAUCAAGUAAAUCGCUGUACGGUGCCAAUGAUGUGAGCUUUGUCCAGGACCCUUUUGGGGCGAAUAGCACAGAGAAUGUUGUCAAAGUGCUCUACCCAGCUGGCUCAUAUGCUCCUGUUGGCACAAAAAACGACAAUACAGGAACCACUGGUGGCCUUGAAUUUUAUUCUGUUCCUGAUAGUGGAACUUACUACAAUACUGCUCUUUUGAGUUAUGAUCUUGCAUUUGAUCCUGGCUUUGACUGGGUCAAAGGAGGGAAGCUUCCAGGUAUCUUUGGAGGCGCUCCUGGUAAGGGUUGUUCUGGUGGGGAGAAGGCCACAGGUUCCAAUUGCUUCUCAGUUCGACUAAUGUGGAGAGGUUCAGGUGCUGGUGAAGCCUAUGCUUAUAUCCCAACUUCUGACAGUUUAUGUAAAGCAAAACAAGUCAUUUGCAAUAGUGAUUACGGUACAUCAUUCUCCCGUGGUAUCAUUCAAUUCUCGCCUGCAAAAUGGACUCGUAUGGAGAUCUACGUCAAGCUGAACUCUGGCUCUAAUGCCAAUGGCAUUUUACAAGUAUGGCAAGACGGUUCAUUGAGGAUCAAUCAGCAAGCAAUUCAGUUCAGAUCCAGUAACGAUAUCGGCAUCUCUAGUAUGAUGUUUAGUACAUUCUUUGGUGGAGGAACAGCAGAUUAUGCGACACCCAUUGACACAUCAACAUAUUACAAGAAUAUCCAAUUCAGUACUGGCAACACACCUGAUCCAGUUGGUGAUAAUUCUGCUGCAUCACUGACUCUACCCGUCUUUUUGUAUUCUAUUACUGCUCUUGUCAUGCUGGCUUGCUAUCUUUAA